UCCACACUACCCACCCCUCCCACUCCCCCCUCCUUCUUUCUUUCCCCUCCUCCCCUCUUGUCGCCAUCAACCAAGAACGUACUGGAAGGAAGGAAGAAAGAGGAGCAAGAACCGAGAUAGGAUCGUCUCUCCUCUUCCCCGGCCUCUUAACGAGAACGCAGAGUCUCUUUUGAAUCUUUGUGGCAGCGGACAGGCCUUCUUUAACCAUGUGCUCCGGCCCGCGCAAGCCGUCGACCCCGCCGCUGGCGGCGCCGGCGCCCAAGGAUUCCGGGGCCAUGGCCUCGCUCCUCCUCGAGCUGGCCGCGGCGGACGACGUGGUGGAGUUCAGGCGGGUUGUCGAGGAGGAGAAGGCGUGCCUUGAUGCUGCGGCCUCGUGGUAUGGCCCGUCGGCGGUUGGCCUGGGCCGGCUCGGCGCGGAGAGCCGGACGCCGGCCAUGGUCGCCGCGCUCUACGGGAGCACGGCCGUGCUGGCGCACGCGCUGUCCGUCGCGCCGGGCGAGGCCUGCCGCGCGUCCGACACGGACGGCGCCACCGCGCUCCAUAUGGCUGCGGCUGGUGGCGCGGCGAACGCGGUUGCGGCCACGCACCUGCUGCUCGCCGCGGGGGCCUCCACGGAGGCGCUCUCGGUGUCCGGGCUCCGCGCCGGGGACCUGCUCCCGCGCGCCGCGGGCGUGGCUGAGAAGCCUCUACGCCUGCUGCUCAAGUCUCCCGCCGUGUCACCCUCCUCGUCGCCCAAGAAGUCCGCCUCGCCGCCGGCGACGGUGGCUGCCGCGCAGGAGCCCAGGAAGGAGUACCCGCCGGACCUCACGCUGCCGGACCUCAAGAGCGGGCUCUUCAGCACCGACGAGUUCCGUAUGUACAGCUUCAAGGUGAAGCCCUGCUCCCGCGCCUACUCCCAUGACUGGACCGAGUGCCCCUUCGUGCACCCCGGCGAGAACGCGCGCCGCCGCGACCCGCGCCGCUACUCCUACAGCUGCGUGCCCUGCCCGGAGUUCCGCAAGGGCGGGUCGUGCCGCAAGGGCGACGGCUGCGAGUACGCGCACGGCGUCUUCGAGUGCUGGCUCCACCCGGCGCAGUACCGGACGCGCCUCUGCAAGGACGAGGUCGGCUGCGCGCGCCGCAUCUGCUUCUUCGCCCACAGGCGCGACGAGCUCCGCUCCGUCAACCCCUCCGCCGUCUCCGUCGGCAUGAUGCAGCCGGUGUCCCCGCGCUCCUCGCCCCCCAACGGGAUGGACAUGGGGAUGCUCAGCCCCGCGGGGUGGCCCUCGUCGCCGGCCAGCCGGCUCAAGACGGCGCGGGAGCUCGACUUCGACCUGGAGAUGCUCGCGCUGGACCAGUACCAGCAGAAGCUGUUCGACAAGGUGUCCAACAACGCGCACUCGCCGAGGGCGAGCUGGGGCGCGCCCAACGGCGGCCUCGGCUCGCCGCGCGCGGCCGCAGGGUCGCCCGCCAGAAACAUGCCGGACUACACCGACCUGCUCGGCUCCAUGGACCCGGCCAUGCUCUCCCAGCUCCACGCGCUCUCACUUAAACAGGCGGGCGACAUGUCGCCGUACAGCUCCAUGCCGGACACGCAGCUGCACAUGCCGACCUCGCCGAUGGUGGGCGCGAACAACUCGUUCGGCCUCGACCACUCCAUGGCCAAGGCCAUCAUGACCUCCCGCGCCUCCGCGUUCGCCAAGCGUAGCCAGAGCUUCAUCGACCGCGGCGCGCGCGCCCCGGCCGCGCGCUCCCUCAUGUCGCCGGCGACGAUCGGCGAGCCAUCCAUGCUGACAGACUGGGGCUCUCCCAGCGGCGGCGGCAAUCUUGACUGGGGCUCACCCGGCGGCAAGCUGGACUGGGGCAUGCAGGGAGACGAGCUGCACAAGUUCCGCAAGUCGGCGUCCUUCGGGUUCCGCGGGCAGUCCGCCAUGCCGGCGGCCUCCGCAGCCACCUCGGCCGAACCCGACGUCUCAUGGGUGAACUCUCUUGUCAAGGAUGGCCACACAGGCGACCAUUUUCCGCAGUGGCUGGAGCAGGAGCAGAUGGUGGCCUGAUCCCACCCCGUCGACGACGAUCGAUCGAUCACUGGCUCAUAGCGUCUAGCUGACCAAAGUUCUUUCCUUCAAAUUUUUUUCCACCCUUUUUUAUCUGCUUAAUUUGAUUCAUAUGAGAUGGUUCUUUAUUAGUACAUAUAUGCUGUUCACAAAAAAAUAAUAUUGCUCAUCAGCAAUAUCAGCAUGGAUGCCCAAAGGGAGCCUUAGGUUGAUUAAGAACAGCCACAAUAUUUUACCUCUUUUUCCCCCCUUUCCCUUCGGUUUAUAAAUAGCUGUAUACAAGAAUUCCAUCAAGAGUUUAUUUACUUGAUAUCUAUACAUACUUUGAGACCAGCAA